GAAGCAGGGAAAAUACAGUGAGAUGACACUUCCUAUUUUCUAAAAGGACUAAACUAGGGGGAAAAAAAAAACCAACAAAAUUGCUAACACCAAUGUGAAGGAAUUAAAAUAAUCAUAUAUUGCUGAUGACAGUGUAUUACGUACAGAACUGGCGUUUAAUUAUAAACUCAAACAUUUUUCUAUCCUGCUAAGAAAAUGUAAACACAACAAUGAAAACUCUCUGAAUUUCUAAUCUACCCUUCUUUUCUCUAUUUUUUCAUUCAUCCAUAUUUCGGUUCUAUACCAACUUUUUUUUUUUUUCAGUUGAUAGGGAAACAGAAGAGGCAGAUAGGUGGGGGACCAGUAUCUACAUAUUCGUGGUUAUUAUAGGACACCUGGUACCCAGUCUGCAGGGGACUAUGUGGAUUAAGUCACAUCAUACAUGUGAGGUACCCAGCGUGGUGCACCAUAACUUCCUUGUGAACACAAAAUUAAUGCUCAGUAAACACUGCAGUAAUCAACGUAUACCCGUAUUUUCCAAAUAGAGACUGGCUUAGACAUUAGAGCAUUCCAGAGCCUUCUUUCAGUAAACUUUAAAGUGCUGUGAAAGCAUGUGGUCCUGCAGGAUAAUGAUGGUGGUCUUUGCUGGGAACCAACAGUAAACUGACAACGGUGGAAAGUAAGUGAUGAACUCUUGGCUGGGAACUCAGCAGGAGUUGUUUGUGUUGAGUCAGAUGGUGGCUGUGGGCUCAGGUGUGCUGUGCCUGUAUUCUCUCAGGUAGUGCCACUAAACAUGGGUCUCGGGAAGCAGCAUCAGCACUAACAAGGAACUGGUGGAAGAUGGCGAUUCAUGGACCCCAUUCCAAACCUGCAGAAUCACCAUUUCUUCUAUGGGACCUGGACACCAAAUGAUUUAUACACACAUGAAAAUCUGAAAGCACCGAACUGCUUAUGAGCCUGGGUUCACAAUAAGCAUCCCAUGGUGAGAUUUAAGAACCAGUAUCACCUGUGCCCUCUGCCGGAGUCUGUCAGGCAUCGGUGCUGCUUUAACUAUGAGCUCCAGGUGACUUCUCAGGUGAGGCCAGGGUGAAGCACGAGGAUUCGCAGACGUAUCUGGAAGGGCUGCGUCGGCCUUUCAGUAGAAAAGACGAUGAUAGUCGGUUCGGCGUGGACUUGCAAGGGGCAAGUUAGUGCAGCCCACUUUCUCUGAGCUGUGGCAGGAUGUGUGGCCGUCUGUGGGAGGGGAGGACAUCUGAAACUGGGAAGGAGAAACUCACAGGUAAGUGUCCAUGCAGGAGCUUUUUUUCUGAAGCUUUCCUGCGACAAAGUCAAGAAGGCAGCGUUUUGUGCAUUUCAAGAUGCUGCUAGCUCUGAGGUGAAGAGAGCAGAGGGGAGGCUGUGCUGAGGCCUUUAAAGGGGAGGGGGAGGGAGGAGGAGGGAGGUGUCAGAAGGUCCCCUGCAGUGCCGUGACUGAUGGGCGUUUAUGCAUUUAUUUUACACAGCGUGAUUCUGGAUGGCCAGUCCCCGUUCCCCGUCUGCUCUGUGGUUCUCUGUGUUGUGGGAGGUGCCGGACUCAGGUCCUUGGGGCGGGGUUCACCUGAAUUCUGUUUGUGCGCAUGUGUGAAGUUUUGGCACUAGGAAAAGCAGAAACGGGAGAGGGCAUCAAAAACACUGGAUACGAACAUAAGCCUGAGGGAGGACUGGUUGCCAGCUCGUCUGAACUAUGAACUCAGUUGGACUGCUGACCUUCAGGGAUGUGGCCAUAGAAUUCUCCCAGGACGAGUGGGGAUGCCUGAACCAGAGUCAGCGAGAACUGUACAGGGAUGUGAUGUUAGAGACCUGUGGACACCUCCUCUUCUUGGCUAUAUCUUCACAUGGCACCCAGAACCUCCUGCCAAAACCAUGCAUAGAAACCUCUUCACAAAAUGUGUCACUGGGUACAGGGAAACAUCAUGCCUUUGAGAAUUUACACUUAAUGAUAAACUGGGACAGUAGUAGAAAGAAUGAAGUGCAUCAGAAGUUUCAUGAAGGACGUGGUCCAAUUGAGGGGACUGCCCAUAACAAGAACUUCACGGCCACAAGCAGUGAAGGACAUAAAACAUCUUGGAAAACCACCCUUUUUACAUCCACUAUUUGUGCAAAGCAGUGUGCAUCUGUAAGCAGAAGUUCCAAUCAAACAUGCAAACAUACAUAUUUGUGCAACGAAAAUUUGGAACAUUUGGAAAGUUACCUCGUCCAUGCUGAAAACAAUGCUUUGAACCAUUGUGAAAGUGGGAUUGGAUUGAUCUUUCAGUCAAAUAGUUCUAAAACUCAGAGAUUCAAAAAUGAAGAUGAAAGGCCUAGGACGUCUCAAUUUGGGAGGUGCUUCACAGAGGAGGUGACCCUACAACAUUAUGAGUACAUUUUCAAUGGAGAUACACUGGCUCAAUACAGUGAAUCUGAGACACAGUCUAACCAGGGAUCCCAUGUUAUCAAAUGUCUGAGGACUCCUCUGCAAGAAAACCAUUUUGAACCUAAUAAAGAUGAGGAAGUCUUUUUCCCAAACUCCAAAUGUACCAAUAGUAAGAGUACACAGAGGGGAGAAAUUACUUCUAAAUAUGAUGAAUGUGGGAAAGCUCUGAAGCAGUCCUCCAGUAUUGCUGAUCAUCAGAGGAUUCAUGUGGGGGAGAACCCAUACACAUGUAACGAAUCUGGAAACAUGUUUAGUCAAUCAUUAAGUCUAAAUACCUGUAAGACAAGUGGUACUGGAGAGAAAAGGUACAUUUGCAAGGAAUGUGGGAAAACCUUUGACAGGCACGCGACACUAUCUCAACAUCAGCAAACACAUACUGCAAAGAAAAUUGACAAAUGUGAACAAGGUGGUCAAACCAUUAAGGGUGGGUCAUCACUUCACGCAAACAGUCAAAUCCAUACUGCACAGAAACCUUACAAAUGUCAAGAAUGUGGCAAGGCCUUUAACCAGCAAUCAUCCCUUACUCAGCAUCACAGAAUCCACACUGGAGAGAAACCUCACAAAUGUCAAGAAUGUGGCAAGGUCUUUAGCCAACAAUCAUCCCUUAGUCAACAUCACAAAACGCAUACUGGAGAGAAACCUCACAAAUGUCAAGAAUGUGGUAAGUCCUUUAAAUGGCACUCAUACCUUAAUCAACAUCACAGAAUUCAUACUGGAGAGAAACCUUACCAAUGUCAAGAAUGUGGCAAGGCCUUUAGCCAGCAAUCAUCCCUUACUCAGCAUCACAGAAUGCAUACUGGAGAGAAACCUUACAAAUGUCAAGAAUGUGGCAAGGCCUUUAGCCGGCAGUCAUCCCUGAGUAAGCAUCAUAGAGUGCAUACUGGAGAGAAACCUUACCAAUGUCAAGAAUGUGGCAAGGUCUUUAGCCAGCAAUCGUGCCUUAGACAGCAUCACAGAAUGCAUACUGGAGAGAAACCUCACAAAUGUCAAGAGUGUGGCAAGGCCUUUAGCCAGCAAUCAUCCCUUAUUCAACAUCAUAGAAUGCAUACUGGACAGAAACCUUACCAAUGUCAAGAAUGUGGAAAAGCCUUUACCCGUUCCUCACUACUCACUCAACAUCACAGAAUUCAUACUGGAGAGAAACCUCACAAAUGUCAAGACUGUGGCAAGGCCUUUAGUGAAUACUCAACCCUGACUCGGCAUCACAGAAUCCAUACUGGGGAGAAACCUUACCAAUGUCAAGAAUGUGGCAAGUCCUUUAUCCAAAACUCACACCUUAGUAAACAUCACAGAACUCAUACUGGAGAAAAACCUUACAAAUGUCAAUGUGGCUAGGCCUUUAAGGUGUAUUCACAGUUUACUUGACAUGAGAGAAUUCAUGCCAGAGAGAAACCAUACAAAUGUCAAGAAUGUGGCAAGACCUUGAGUGAAUACUCAAUCCUUACUCGACAUCACAGAAUUCAUACCAGACAGAAAUCUUACCAAUGUAACAAAUGCAGCAACCUUGUUUCCGGUUCUAGCCUUAUUCUGCAUCACAGAAUCCAUACUGGAGGGAAACCUUACCAAUGUCAAGAAUGUGGCAAGGCCUUUAGGUUGCAGUCACCCUUAUUGACCAUCACAGAAUUCAUACUGGAGAGAAAGCUUACCAUAUAAGGCACGUGGCAAGGCCUUUACCAAACACUCAAAACUUAAUCGACAUGACAUAAUUCAUACUUGAGAGAUCCUUACCAAUGCAAUGAAUGUGCAAAAGGUUUUAAUCACCAAUCACCCUUUAUUCAAUAUCACACACAUCAUCUUGGAGCAAAUGUUUAAGACAGAGUUUAAGACUGUGAGAGAACUUCUUUUUAUUUUUAAAAUUUCUUUUUCUUAGAAUGAGUAGGAGGGAGCAGAGAGAGAGACACGCAGUAUCAAAAGUAGGUUCCAGGCUUCGAGCUGUCGGCACAGAUAGCUCGGAGCCUGAGGCAGUGUUCGAACCCACAAGUCGCGAUAUCAUGACCUGAGGUGAAGUUGGAUGCUUCACCGACUGAGCUACCCAGGAGCCCCAAGACUGUGAGAGAACUUUUAAGGACUGCUCAAUGCUACUCCACAUCACAGAAUCCAGAGUCCAGUAGCUCAGUGCUACUCCACAUCACAGAAUCUUCAAUCGUUAAUUGAAGAUUAACGAUACACAAGUAAACUAUGUGGCAAGAAUUUAACCAAUGCUGAUCCCUGAUUUCUUGUCAGAGAAUGUGUUAUAGAGAUGAUUUUACACAUAGAAAGAAUCUGGGAAGCCCUUUAAUGGUGCUUAAGCCUCAUUCCACACCACCAACUUCAUACUUGAGAGAAACUUUAUAAUUGUAGAGAAUGUGGUGAAACGUUUCACAUGGCUCAAGCCUUACUCACCAUCACAUUGUUCAUACAUAGGAAGAACAUUGCAAAUGUGAUGAAUGUGGCAAACCCCUAGGUGGCAGUCCUAGCUUAUUCAACAUCAUAGUUCCCAUAUCAGAGGAAAUCUCUAAAAUGUAAAGAGAAUGACAAAGCUUUCAUCUGGAAUUCAAUGUUUAUUCAAUAUCUCCAAAUGCAUGUUGAGUUGAAACCAUACAAACCUAAUGCAUGAGGAAAGCCCUUCUUCAUAAAUAUGCCAUUUGGAAAACAGCAGAGAGUACCAAAAGGAAAGUAAGUUGAAAGAAGUAUUUAAAAAUAUAUUUAACUGAACAUAACAUGUCAACACGUGUCACACGAUUCACAGCAGAAAGCAAUAAGUCAGUGUGUUCAGACAUUACAUCAAAAUACUUAUUAUAAGGAAUAACACAAAGUUAAACAUUUAGAUAAUGUAUAUGCUAUUAUGCUUUAAAUGAUAAAAGGGAUGGAGUUUUGCAUAGGUAUAAUCUCAAUAUAUUUACAUUAACCUUAUUUAAGAUUUGUGACUAGUAAACCUUAAUAUACUUUCUUAUUCUCAAAUCACUUCAGAAAAUUCAUUUACUCCUAGUGGGUGUUUGAAUGUAUGUGGCUGAGUGUUGCUACAUCAGUGAUAUGAGUUCCUUCUUUCUUAGGUGGGACUCACACAUAUGUAAUUUUCCAUGGAAGGUGGAGGAGAAGAGUUGAAUAAAAUCUAUAUGGAGAUAACUUUCUGUGCCUCUAACCUUGCUGUAAUUAUCAUGAAAGAGGACACCAUUGUCCAUUUAUUUCAACUAAAAGUGUGUAUUACAAAUAACAUGUUGUACUAAUUGGUCUUUAAGGAAAAAGAGGGUCAGUCCACUCAAAAACGUGAAGCAGCUUCAUGAUAGCAAUAGCUACAAGUACAGAAUAUUGACUGAUAUGAUUGAAAGGAAGAAAUCUUCACAGAUAUCAGAAAGAGUAUACCAAAACCUUCCUAAAAUGGCUAGGAUUCUACAUUCACAUUUUUGAAGAGUCAACUCAGGCCUGGAAUAAGUUCAGCAGGCAAAAUUAAGCUGUACAUAACUUAAAAUAGACUGUCAUGUCUUCUGAAUCCUCAUGGUAACCACUGAGCAAAACUGGUAAUUGAUACCCAAAAGAUAAAGAGGAAAGAAUCAGGGUUUACUAUUCUUGAGACUCAUCAGAUCACAAAGGUAAAGAGAAAAUGGAUAAGGAUGGGAGGAAGAAUUCUAAAGUAGCAAGAAUACCAUGAAAAGAAUGACAACAGAAACUCCUUGCCUGUAUCAAUACUUCCUUUAAAUAUAAAGGGAUUAAAUUCCCCAAUCAAAAGAUAGACAUUGGCUGAAUGGAAAGGAAUCCAAGAUUCAGUGCUAUGCUGCCUUCAUGAGACUCACAUCAGCUCUCAGAACACACUCAGCCUGAAAGGGCAGAUAUUCAAAAUGAUACUGCAUACAAUCAGAAACCAAAAGAAAUGGGGUAGCUAUGCUUCAGACAAAAUGGUCUUGAGUGCAAGGACUAUAAUAAGACAUGGCAAAGGUCAGUAUUAAACAAAGGGGUCAGUUUGUGCAGGGUUUUCAGUUAAUGUUUGGCAUUUAGUUUUGUUUGGCAGAAGGCAAUAAAGUUUGCUCCCGUUUUGGUUUUGGAGGACAAUAAUAGUAUGGUUUUUUAACUCAUGUACUGACCACAUUGAAAAGAAACACCUUUUCCCUUAAGUGUUGGUGGUGUUUGUGCAGAUACCUGAAUUGUAGUUUGUGUAAUGUUUCUGAACAUCUGUAUCUUAUGACUCCUCGAAAUGGCUACUUGAUUUUCAAAAACCGAUUGCUCUGUUUAGAGGGUUGCAGAAAAAAAAAAAAAGAAGGCUAAAUGACAAGUUGGAAAGGCUAAUACUUCAAGAUUUUGAUGUGUGUGGGAAAAUACUGUUGCAAUGAAAUCUUGGUAAUUUACUGCAAAAGCAGCCAAUAGUUGAUCGAAACCAACUUGUACAGGCUAAUACAUCUUUCCCAGAGUAUUCACUUUUUGAACAUUGUACUAUUAUACCUUGCAAUUAUUUUCACUCACAUAUUAUUUAAUUUUCAUUGUUAUCUGCUCUUUUAAGCCAUCAAGCAAGUUAUUUUUUGUUUCAGGCAGUGUACCAUAAUACCUCACAGUAAGAUUUCUGAUAUUUCUGGGCAGUUGUUUGUGUACAUUUGCAAUGAUGGGUUUUUUAUGGAUCACCAUGUCAAUAUAGUGGAUUUAUUUAAGUUGAGUUCUUUCUGAAAUUCGCAUCUUCGCAUAAGGUAACCCUGCAUUUAAUUCACUUGGUUCACACUUGGUUCACACUUUUUAGACUACCCUAUACAUUCUAUGUCUAUUUACUACAUAGAAGACAUUCACUCCUUUAAUGUAGGAGAAAGGUAGCUAUCCCAUGUACUUAGGAUUUGUUUGUGUUGCAUUACAGCUGUAGGUUUGUAUAUGUGUAGCAUUUGUAUUGACAAAACAUUUAGUUGUGUGUUGCUUUUUGUUCCAUGAGUUACAUAGUACUCUUAUUGUGCAUUGAAUUGUUGUGUUGAUUUGGUCACAUUUGGAUACAUACGCAUCACUUUUUAAAAUCAUUUUCUUUUAUAGAGAUAUAGUAAACGUUUAUAGUUUUUUUGAAAUAAAUAUAAGCUGCUUUUGCUAAGAACAAAACUGAAAAAAUAAAGGAGUCAAUUCCACCAAAGUAAA